AUGGCCGCCGCUGCAAUGCGCGACUCACCUGAUAUGGCAAAUGGCCAUUCUAAUCACCGGAAUGCCAAUGGUACCAAUUCGGAUUCGGGUCGCAGACAGUCGACAGCCGGUCCAGCGUCGAUGGACUACGAAGAUGAACCGACAUACGAGCCCACAGCAGCAGAACGUCGAUAUCCACGUUCCGCACCUAAGGCCACGGCUGCUGCUAGAUCAUCUGGCCAGCCCGGUCGUUCUUUUUCUGCUCGUGCUCGGGAUUAUCCGGCAAGUGAAUCAAACUAUACAACUCGCAAGUCUUCACUACAAACACCACCGGGGUUAACAGAGGAAUCAACCACGCCUCGGGGCCUCCCACCGGCGGAAUACAUCCAAGACACGCAACAGCAUGAAGAGCCGAAGCUCGAAGCACCCCCCGAGCCGAUCAAACACUGUCCGUUCUACAAAUGGGUCUCGCAAGGAUUGGGCUUCGGACCGUUCGCCCUUGCAGAAGCUCGAAAGCGCAUGGCUCGCAAAAAGGUCGAGCGGGAGAAUGCGGAGGCAAAGACACAGGCAGCUGCUACUGCUCCUCAACCAAGCGUGAAGCAGAACGUGCCUUCAGAAAGCCGUGCAAUCCCCAGCCCUGCCAGAAAGGGAGAUAGAAAGAAUAUCGUCCUCGAAGAAGCGACGGCUAACGCACUAAAAGCGGGACCACGACAUGUUCCUGGGCCUCGUCAAAAUGAAGUGAAUAGUCCUCAAUACCAGGCCGCCCGGAGUUCUGAAAAUUCUCAGUACCCACAGGCCGAAGAUGCUAUUCCGCCGUCUGCAAAGCUAGGCAAUGUGCCUCGAAGAUCGGUCACAGUGAGCGGGCCUUCAGGAAAGAAUGGACCUGCUGGGAAGCCUCCUGCACGGAGCCAGUCCCUUGCCCAAAGAGGCCCUGCUGCACCGAUGCAACCCGCGGACGUUAUCUUGAGCGAGGAAAGUCUAGGAACACCUCCAGCAGCCCGAACGGCACAUGAUAGCGUCGAAUCUCACACCAAAAAGCGACAGACGGUGUCUUUCAAUGUGCCGCCACCGACGCCUCCGCCAAUUUUCGAGUGGAAGAAUGCGCCAGUCGCUCAGUUGGGGUCAACCGACUUUGAUUUCCAGCACAUGGAUAUGGAGCGAAGCAAAGCAUGCAGAGCCCUGCCCAAGAACUAUAAGACUCCAGCUCAAAAGCUGACAGGUGUCACUGAAUCUAAAAACUUCGAGCCCAAAUUGUUCCUCAGAUGUGGUCCUUUGCUUCGAUACACGGGUAUUAAGAAGUUCAAAGUUGAUGGCGCCCACGGUACUGUCGAGAAGGAUAUAUGGCGAGGCUCUAUUUUGAUCGUCACGAAGGACACACGCUCUUCUUACGAUACGCCGCCUUCAUUGCGCCUGUUCUCUCAACCGAUGGACCUUCUUCCUCCUCCACCUGCCGAAGUCAGUGGUGAAGAACUGGCUCCUGAAUAUAUCGACCCCACUGCCGGUCUCAUGAAGGUUGGACGAGACGGAAGACCUCUCUAUGUGAAACCAGUUGACCACCUGGAGGAAGGACUUGACCUAUCUGCCGUGGAAAAUGAUGACGGCAUAUAUGAGCUGUCACCCAGCCAAACAGACGACAACCCCGGAGGAUCCAAGCAACCGAUUCCUGCAAAUCGAAUCAAUUCUAUCGAUGGUGAAACAGCCGGGUUACACCGCGAUAUUCCCGGAGUCCGCCUAUACGCCGACUCGGCUCGAGACGUGACCUUUUGGAGGUUCAAUGUCGAGGUCGAGCUUGGAUCAACCCAGCAACGAAUCGCAUACAGAAUCAACCGUGGACCGGCACUGGGCUUCUGGGUUCCAGCUGCAGGCCAGCCGAUGAAUAUCAUGUUCCACAGCGGCAAUGGAUUUGGUCCUUCUGUCGACUCAGAUCGUUUCUGCGGACCCGAUCCCCUCUGGCGAGAUAUUUUGAACGAACACCAGACUCGACCAUUCCAUGUGAUGAUCGGUGGCGGUGACCAGAUAUUUAAUGAUACAGUCAUGACGGAAUCGGCCUUUUUCCAGGAAUGGAUCAAGAUCAAAAAUGUCGCGGAAAGAUAUGGGGCUCCGUUUACUCCUGAAUUCCGCGCCGAGCUCGAGCAAUUCUAUCUGGGGCGCUACGCGGCCUGGUUUUCACAGGGCCUCUUCUCUCUCGCCAACUCUCAAAUCCCGAUGGUCAACAUGUGGAACGACCAUGAAAUUUUCGAAGGGUUCGGAUCCUACCAUGAGGAGUUCAUGCAGAGCGCCGUGAUCUCAGGUCUUGGAAAGAUUGCGUUCAAAUAUUAUUUACUAUUCCAGCACCACAGUGUUCCAGACGAGACGGAAAUUGAAGAGCCUAGUUGGAUUCUCGGCGCCCAGCCAGGUCCCUACAUUGAGCAGAGAAGUCGAAACUUGUUCAUGUCUCUUGGUAGUGAUGUGGUUUUGUUGGGCUUGGAUUGCCGAACUGAACGAAGGAGCAACGAAGUUCUUGCGGAGGCUACUUGUGACCUAAUCUGGGAUCGCUGCCAUCAGGAGAUCGUCAGAGGAGAGACUAAGCAUUUGAUCGUUCUUUCCAGUGUUCCUAUUGCCUACCCUCGAGUGGCUAUGCUCAAGAACUUCAUGAACAGCCGUAAGUCCAUCGGCAAAGCAGGCAUGAUCGGAGGCCUCGUCAACAGAUCUGGUGGCAACGUGGAGGUAUAUGAUGACCACUGGGCUGGAAAACAUCUCAAGUCCGAAAGAACCUGGCUAGUCGAAGAUCUCCAAGAUCUUGCCGCGGAAAAGUCCGUCCGGGUGACCAUUCUCAGUGGCGAUGUUCACUUGGCUGCAAUCGGUCAAUUCUAUUCAAACCCCAAACUUGACAUUGCAAAGGAUCAUGACUACCGCUAUAUGCCGAAUAUCAUCUCGUCGGCGAUUGCUGAUAUGCCAGAGACGGAAAUUAUUUCGGACACUCUCAAUAAACGCAACACGGUGCACCACAUGGAUUCCAACACCGACGAGGACAUCAUUCCAAUCUUCACGCAGGACGUGAAUGGCAAAUCUCGAAACAACAAGCGCUUGCUUCCACGACGAAACUGGUGCUCAAUCCGAGAAUAUAUCCCGGGAUCAACACCAGGUAGCACACCUGAACCGGAGACUCCAGAAGAACCCGAGCCACGUCCUGGUAUGCUUCAACGCACUCUAUCUCUCGGAAGGGGUGACAAGGGAGCUAGCGGUAAGCCUGGCAUACUCCGACGACUAUCGACCAAGGGCCCGCCCCCGACAAGAACCUUGAGUUUCGGACGAAACCAAAAUGUUCAUGCUCGUCGCUCCAGUGUCGAUUCUUCUGUUCCUCGGCCCAUGGAGGGUGGUAACAGUUACUUCCCUGGAACAUUGCCGGAACCACAGCCUGGCGUCUUCCACCGCCGACCAACCAAUCUCAGCGAAAAGGCUGCCAAGCGAGCAGCCAAGGAAGGAGACGAUGGCGCAGGCGCUUUUGUCAACCUUGAAAGAGGAUUGGCCAUUACAUUGAACAUGGAAGUCAACCCUCAAGACCCUUCGGGCAUCACAAUCCCGUACAAACUCCUCGUUCCUGCCUUGCAGUACGAAGGAGACCAAGAUGACCCGGCCCCAACACAGGUCAAGAAGGGCUGGCGCAAGUGGUUGAAUGUGCCACGCAGAAAGAAAGCCUCCAGGGCCCAGCAGGAGGAGGAAGAGGAGGGCAGUGACGAAGAUGCCGAUGAUAUUGAAGACCACGACACGAUCAAUAAUACCCGCGCCAACGCUGCUGCAUCUCAUCAGUAUGAGGGAUAUGCUGGUAGCGAUGAGGACUCCGAGGGAGAGGUACCUCAGAGAUUGCCUGCCCACGCUCUUGUCGACGACUCAUCUCCCACUGAGGGGGAAGAUGAUUACUCCUACUCGGACGAAGAACCAGCACCACGCAAGAAAAAGUGGUUUGGGGUGAUUUGA